AUGGAGGACUGGAAACCAGACUCCUGGACCUCGAAGCCCAUCAAGCAGGAUGUCGUAUAUGAUGAUGCACAGGGUGUUCAAUCUGCCCUUGCAAAACUUCAACGGUUACCUCCGUUGGUCACAACACAAGAGGUACAGAUUGUGAAUUUAAAAAAGAGCCUGAGGAAUGUGGCUCUGGGGAAGGCUUUUGUUUUACAAGGAGGUGACUGUGCGGAAUUGUUUGAUUAUUGUAACCAGGACAUGAUCGAGGCAAAGGUCAAGUUACUGUUGCAAAUGAGCUUAGUAUUGAUUUGGGGAGCCAAUAAACCGGUAGUUCGCAUUGCGCGUAUAGCUGGACAAUUUGCAAAACCACGAUCAAGUCCAAUGGAAACCAUCAACGGCACUGAGAUGCCCUCCUUCCGCGGCGACAACAUCAACGGCUUCGCCGCAGACCCAGAGAACCGCAGACCAGAUCCUUCACGAUUAGUAUCUGCAUACUUCCACUCCGCAGCAACCCUAAACUACCUCCGUGCUUCUCUCUCCUCGGGAAUGGCAGACUUGCACUCCCCAUUAGACUGGGGGCUCGGCCAUGUCAUUACCCCGUCCAUCAAGGAGAAGUAUGAGCGCAUCGUGAGCCGCGUCAAGGAUGCCCUGCGCUUUAUGCAAACCGUCGGCAUUGAUACGGAUCGCGGUGUUGAAACCGUCGAUGUCUACACAAGCCAUGAGGGUCUGCUUCUCGAGUACGAACAGAGCUUAACCCGGCUACUCAAAACACCAACCACACCUACUCCACCCACCCCAUCUCCACCAGCAGCAUCUACCACACAGCCACAAACACAAACACCCCCCAAAAGCUACUACGCCACAUCCGCCCACUUCCUCUGGAUAGGCGACCGCACGCGCCAACUCAACGGCGCCCACAUCGAAUUCUUCCGCGGCAUCACUAACCCCAUCGGCAUCAAGAUCGGCCCCAGCAUGACACCCUCCGAACUAACCCAAAUCCUCGACAUCGUCAACCCUUCCCGCGAAAUCGGCAAAGUAACGCUCAUAUCGCGGUACGGCGCGGGUAAAAUCGCGCAGUACCUCCCCGCGCAUAUCGCCGCCGUGCAGGCGUCAGGCCAUCUGCCUGUCUGGCAAUGUGACCCCAUGCAUGGCAAUACGCAGUCGACGGAGUCCGGGGUGAAGACGAGGCAUUUUAGUGAUAUUCUGUCUGAGUUGAGGCAGGCGUUGGAGAUUCAUCGUGCUGCGGGGUCGUUUUUGGGUGGUAUGCAUCUGGAGUUGACUGGGGAGGCUGUUACAGAGUGUGUGGGUGGUGCUGGGGGGUUGACUGAGGAGGGUCUGGGUGAAAGGUACACUACCUUUUGCGAUCCGCGAUUGAAUGAGAAGCAGGCGCUGGAACUUGCGUUCUUGGUUGCUGGGUUCUAUCGCGAGAUGGAUGAACCUGAAGGGAUGAAUUCAAUUUAG